AGGGACAAUCGGCUUGAUUACAACCGGAGUAAAGGAAUGGGAAGUGGUGUCUGUCAAAACAACAAAGCUUGUUCUAGCUUCGUCGAUAUUGGCAUGCAUCCAAUGAAAUGAUGAGUCUGCGUACAACAUCGGUUUUUUUAUUAAUAGGAGCACUUUUAAUUGCCUUAACUCGGCCAAAUGAAUAUAUAAGAUUGGAAGGUUAUGAAUUUCCAGUAUACUCGACAGAUUCUUGUCCUGGAAAUGACAAAGAAUGGAAAGAGAGGUCUACCGCUAUAAACUGCACAAAAAAUAAUGGAUAUAUGUGUUUUCCAAACGAAGACAUAACAGGACUGUUACAGUUCUGUUAUAUAUACACUCAAUUAUUGAUUACAAAAGAUACUUGUCUCUUCUUGAACAAACGUCAUUCAAGAGUGGAUUCCGUCAACUGUAGCCAUUUUACAAACGGAUGUCCUUAUUCUCCUUACUAUUCGUAUAAGAUAUUUGACUACCCAAGUUGUAUAUCAACUGGAAAUGGCUGUUUUCUUGCUGAACCAAAUUGUACGAGAAGGACUUUACCCACGACUUUAUUUCAAAAGAAUACAGAUCCUACCACAUUAGAAAACAUCACCAUUAACGACAAAAAUGACUAUUCAACAACAUCUAGUGAAGAAACCACGAAUCAUAUCUAUAAAGAAAAAAAUCAAGUCAGCAAGAAAGAUGUGGCUGUAUUGGUUCUAACUGUGUUAGGAAUAUUUAUUGCUAUCUGCGCCUUCUACUGGAUGUGUUUCUGUUCUAGAGAAGGAAAUCCAACACGCAAAGAAACGUACGAUAAAGAGAAUCUUGACGAAAUGGAAAUGAUACCAUUUAUUAUAGGCAAAGACAAGUAUCAAAUGGAAUCAACAGAGGAUUCAUUUGAUCCUAUCGACCGAACAAAAUCAGCACAUAACAAGGUUAUGCAAGAAUGGCAGAAAGAAGAUGAUUUCUUUGUUUCAACAAGAGCAUGUAAAAAAGUAGAAGAAGUCAUCACAAAUCACAGAACUGUUCUAGUGACAGGCCAGGCAGGAUCGGGGAAAUCAGCAAUUAUUCAACACAUCGCACUAAAAUAUAAAAAUGAAGGCUGGAUUGUAAAAUCAUUAUCAAAAUUAGUGGAAAUAAAACAAGAAAUUAAUUUGAAAAGGAAUUUGAGGAACAAAAUUCUUUUGGUUAUCAAUGACCCUGUAGGCAAGGAAUCAUUCGAUGAAAUAGCAUACCGGUCAUGGAAGAGAUGCGAAGAAACGUUGAAGACAUCUGUAAAUGAUGUCAAAAUAUUAAUGUCAAGUAGAAACUAUGUACUUCGUGAUGGAAUAUUUGAAAGACUUGUAAUGGACAAACAAAACGUCGAAGAAAUUAAUAUUGACCAAUAUCCGUUAGAUGACAACGAAAAACACAGAAUUUGGGACAGUCACUUGUCCAAGCACGUUUUAAUUGAAGAUGUUGAUUUAGAAGAAGAGUUUGCAGAUAUCGUAAAAGUCAACACCCGUUUCCCGCUUAAGUGCAAAUCAUAUAUUUCAGCGAUAAGAGUACCAAACCAGACGGAUUAAAUUGCUUAUAUUACUACGUUUGGUAUUUGUAUAUAAUAAAUAUGUUUCAGUGGUCAAAUUCGAACAUUAGAACUUGUUCUCCUUACUUUCUUUAAAAAAUGCCAUACAUGCCUACAAAAUAAUGCCGAAAAAUUGUAAAAAAAAUUGAAAGAACCUUUUAGAAUGUUAAAUAUAGAAAAAAGAACAUCUGUUUGAAUGUGUUUUUUUAUUUACAAAUAUCACCAAUGAUAUCUACGUAUCUGUUAACUUACAUUGUAAAUUAUGUAAAAUUCAACCACAGGGUUGUGUAUUAGUGAUUGGAAUUUGCAUCUGGAAAAUGAUAGAAGGGGAUGUGCCAGUCUUGGAGAGACUGGUACAUGAAAGCUGUAUGAUUUUUUUUCUCUUGUUUAUCAGAUUUUGUCGGCACGAAGAGUCUUGGGCAAAUGAAAAAUAUUUAAACAUACGUUUGUUAUUAUUUUGAUUAAUUGAACUCUUAACAUCAGCAGUCAAAAUAAAGUUAUAAUUAUAAGUCGGCUAUACUGCUGCAAGAAUCUUAUCUGUAUUUGCUAAUAGUGUCUUCUUAAUUCGUUUAAAUAUACACAUGCAACGCAAUGUGAUAAAAAUACUGUUAGUCUUACUUUACAAAAAUUGGUUUUCCGAAACUAAUAUUCCAAGCAAGUUAUUUUGAGAUCCUUUUACGCUUCUCUUCUAGAGAAUAUUAAUUGUAAAAGUAAGAAUACAAUAUUUUAUCUUAAAAUUAUACUAAAAAAAAUAGUAAAGCGGUUUUAGUUAUCAUAAUAAUUGGUAUUUUAUAAGUAUAGUUUACGAGACAUUUUCGUUUUAUUUCCGAUCGCACACUUACCAACUCAACUUUAUCUAUUGAACAAUCUGUCGAACCGGCUUGCAAACUGUUGCCUAAGGCCAAAGGCCGCGGGCAACAGUCUACGAGCCGGUCCGACAGAUGAACUGUUGCUCGAGACACAUUCAACAUUUGUUUUGGUAUACCCCUACUAAUUUGAUAACUCCUUUUUUGCUGAAUAUGACGUCACUGGUCAACAGUCUUUAUUAACAGUCGAUUCUAACAGUUCCAAUCCAACAGUUUUAGUCCAACAGUCAAAAUGCUGAACUUUUUUCCAUAAAGAGGUAUAAAGGAACUGUUCCAGGGAUAUAAAAAGGUGUUUUAUUGUAUGUCUUUUUGGGAGAAAGAUUUUUAUCGAAGCAGUGAAGAAUCGUUAGGUAAUAUCAAUGAUGUGCGAUCAAUGAUUGCUAAAGAUAAUAUAUUUAUAUUCAUUUUAUUUUAUGUCGGUAACAGAGAGAAUCCGCGUAGAAUAUCACAUUCAUCUCAAUUUCAGAAUAGGAUAUAAUUUUUCUUUUUCUGCCCUAAUUCUAUAUAUCUUUUUAAUACCACCACUUCAGUAUCAUACUUAAUAUAUGAAUAUCAUGAACAUUCAUCUUGUUCUUAUAACCUACAAUAAAAUGCAUAAUUUACAAUAAACAUGACGUGCUAACAAUAUUCAUUCAUUCUUAUCUCAUACUUAUUUUUCAGAAACCUAAUGCCUGCAUGCAGUCGGAAACUUGUUCGAAACUGAUCUCUUAUAGUUUUUGUCAUGUAUUGAAGUCAUUCAUGCAUUUCAAUGUUUGUUUGAAGUUUCAAACUGAGUGUGUUUAACAACUCUUGGGAAUUGGGUGAUGUUUUAUAUACAUACGUACAUAUAUGUACGGGAAGCUGACAAAUAAAAUGAAAACUUUCUCCCUGUAGAAAGACACAUACAAACAAUUGUGGUCAAGUCAUUUAAGCUAUGUGCAAAUCGGACCAAAUAUACCCAUAUCUACUUCAAAGAUAAAUACAUUCAAUAAUAUUCUUUGUGAUGCAUAAAGAGCCUUAUUAAAAUUGUAUAAUAGCUACGGGAAAGAAUGUGAAUAAAUGUCUGUUGAUGUUGAAACCGUCGUUAAAAAAAAACCCAAUGUUCCUGAUAAUAUUUGAACCAUAUUUUAAAAUAUGCUUGUUCAAAAAGCAAUUCCUUUUUUUUUUUUGGUGAUAUAAACCUGUUUUUUUCGGAGACUGGUUGAAUUUC